AUAUUAUUAAGUGCUACAUGUAGGUAUAUAACUGCCUGCCAUUGAUGUAGUCUGCAGCUUCAGAUCCCCACAACAAUAUUGAAAACACCAGAUAUUCGAGGCUACAUAUCAGUUGAUGAAUUCACAUAUAUACUUAUAAAUAAACGUACAACAUGGCCCCCUCAGCUAUUGAAACCUCACCGGAAGCAACCCCAAUCCCCAUCAAAGCUUGGGCGCGCCCAGAUCCGACUGCCGUCGAUCUCGACUGGGCGCCUCUGGUGCAAAUCGAUCUAUCGCGUUUCGAUGAGCCCGGUGGAAAAGAAGAAUUAGCGAGACAGCUCUAUGAUGCAGUCACGCGUGUCGGGUUCUGGGUUGUCGUAGGCCAUGGAAUUGAGGACGAGCGUGUCCUGCAACAGUUUAGCAUUGGUAAUGCCUUCUUCAAGGAGCCUCUGGAAGAGAAGCGUAGGUUUCCCUGCAAUUUUGCAGAGGGCGAGUAUUUCGGAUAUCGUGAGAACUCCAGAUGGAUUGGGGAGACGGGGGUGAAAGAGAAUAUUGAGAUGUUGAAUAUUCCAAAGGCAAUCCCAGCAUGGGAUAAUGUUGGCCGACACCGAAUCGUCCAGCAAAACUACGACGAAAUCGCAAGCUUUCAUCGCGAGUUAUUUGACAAAGUUGCACGUAAACUUUUCGUGCUCAUGUCAAUCAUCCUUGAGCUGCCAGAAGACUUCUUAGCCAAAGCCCAUGGCUAUGAUGAGAUUUCCGAUGACCAUUUACGUUACAUGAUUUACAACCGUCGUAGCAAAGAGGAUUGGGAUCGUGUAGAAGCUUACUCUAAAGGUGGCCACACGGAUUUUGGAAGCCUCACGUUGCUCUUCUCCCAGCAUGUCGCUGGUUUGCAAAUACGUACGCCGGAAGGCGAGUGGAAGUAUGUAAAACCCGUAACGGGUGGAAUUACAUGCAACGUUGCAGAUACUUUAACCUUCUUGACUAAUGGUUUCUUGAAAUCGACAGUUCACCGUGUCGUCCAGCCUCCAGCUGAUCAAUUGGAUCUCAACCGGCUUGGUUUACUCUACUUUGUUCGUCCAGGAGACAACACAGUAAUGAAGACCGUUCCUUCGCCACUACUUGACCGUCUCGGGCUUUUGACUGAAGAUGAUAAGAACGACGACAAGCCUACUGUUUCGGGAACAGAGUACGUGCGGGCGCGUGUCAAGGAUGUGCACUAUAAGGCUGUGAUUGAUAAACGUGAAGGCACGUCUUUUGAGUUCAAGGGGCUCAAGGUACAAAAUCAUUAUGCUUAAAUAGUAUGGUUUCUAUAUUUGCCUUUGCUAUAAUUAGUCAGGGUUGCCGUCAGGUUAAUCACCGGCGGAUAGCAAAUCCUAAUUAGCAUCUUUAGGUUAUGUUUAAUAUGAAG